CGAACAACAAACCCUAAUCUCUAAAGAGAAGGAAGAAAUAAACCACCGAGGAUGUCUUACGACGACGUAGAGAUUGAGGACAUGGAGUGGAACGAUGAGCUCCAAUCAUACACAUAUCCUUGUCCGUGCGGUGACUUGUUCCAAAUCACAAAGGAAGAGCUGAAAAUAGGGGAAGAGAUCGCUCGAUGCCCUAGUUGUUCCCUUUAUAUCACCGUUAUAUAUAAUCUCGAAGAUUUCCUCGGAGAUUCCAAGAAACACGUCGAGCCCUCGAAACAACAGCCAGUUGCUGUCGCUUGAGGUUCACGCUGAGUGUUUUUUUGUUUUCAAGAAUUUGGUAUCAUAUUGUAAUACCUAGUGAUUUAAACUGGCAUUAACUGCCUGAAAUUUUGCUCUAUUGGAAAAGAAAGGAAUGUAUGGUUU